CCGCCGCCGCGAGGCGAGGCUUAACUUCCAAAUGCUGUCACUCUGGGGCGUGCCCUCGCCCGCCCCCUGCGCGAGCCGUGGAGCGCGGCGGGAUUUGCCCGAGAGUUCGGGCUGCUAGCCGAAUUCCGAGUUCAGGUCCCGCGCGUGCUCGCGGUGGACAGACCCACUAUCUCUCCCAUUCAUCCUGGAGAUCAGGCCUGUCCAGUUAGCGCUUUAGUUGCCUUGAGCUACUGCACGAUCCCUCAGCCCGGUGCGGACACCCGGGCAGUUCCAUCCGCCCUUAGUAAACAUGGCGGUUCGCCGACCCGGGCGAGCGGGCGGGGAGGGGGGGCGGGAUCCCGCUGUCACCAAGUCCGGAGCUGCGAGCCGGGCCGGGCUGGCCUGCGGGCCAGCUACCCACGUGUGGAGAUCUCGAAGGGUGGGGGGGAAAACAAUGCUGGUUUCUGAAAGCACGAAGGAACUUUGGUAGCCCUGGCCGAACCACCGACGCAAGGCGAGGUAGCGCUUCCGCAGAGUGGCAGCAGUUCUGACUGGAAGGGCGCUGGGAGAGACCCAUCACACCUAAGGGGACAGCUAUUGCACUGGGUGACUGCUCCUCAAAAGCUACUCACAGAAUCAGUCAGUGCCUCCACCUCUGUCCUGCCCAGGCAGCCCUGCCUCAGAACAGGGAUUGCUUCUCCAGCUGUCCCUGGACCAUGUCACUGGGUAGAAGAGAAAUGCUUCGAGACUGAGUGAGGAACGAGCUAAGUGACAGCUCAGAGCCCAGGAGUACCAAGUCGCUGAAAAGCAUAAGCACCAUGAGGAUGAGUGUGGAGGGCACUGCAGCUCCCUUCCAUACAACCACAGACACCAACAGGGCUAUUUCCACCUUUUCUGUUGUGGACUAUGUAGUAUUUGGCCUGUUGCUGGUUCUCUCCCUUGUCAUUGGGCUUUAUCAUGCUUGCCGUGGCUGGGGCCGCCAUACUGUUGGUGAACUGCUGAUGGCAGACCGCAAAAUGGGCUGUCUUCCUGUGGCCCUGUCCUUGCUGGCCACCUUCCAGUCAGCCGUGGCCAUCCUGGGGGCACCAGCUGAGAUCUACCGAUUUGGAACCCAGUAUUGGUUCCUGGGGUGCUCCUACUUCCUGGGACUCCUGAUCCCUGCUCAUGUCUUCAUCCCUGUCUUCUACCGCCUGCAUCUGACCAGUGCCUAUGAGUACCUAGAGCUCCGCUUCAAUAAAGCAGUUCGGAUCUGUGGGACUGUGACCUUCAUCUUUCAGAUGGUGAUCUACAUGGGAGUUGCUCUCUAUGCACCAUCCUUGGCCCUCAAUGCAGUGACUGGAUUUGAUCUUUGGCUGUCAGUGCUAGCCCUAGGAAUUGUCUGCAACAUCUACACUGCACUGGGUGGGCUGAAGGCUGUCAUCUGGACAGAUGUGUUCCAAACACUGGUCAUGUUCCUAGGGCAGCUGGUGGUUAUCAUUGUAGGAACAGCCAGAGUGGGUGGCUUGGGGCAUGUAUGGAAUGUGACUUCCCAGUACGGCCUCAUUUCUGGGAUUGAGCUGGAUCCUGACCCCUUUGUGCGUCAUACUUUCUGGACUUUGGCCUUUGGAGGUGUCUUCAUGAUGCUCUCCUUGUAUGGAGUGAAUCAAGCUCAGGUGCAGCGCUACCUCAGUUCCCACUCAGAGAAGGCUGCUGUGCUCUCCUGCUAUGCAGUGUUCCCUUGCCAGCAAGUGGCCCUCUGCAUGAGCUGCCUCAUUGGUCUAGUCAUGUUUGCCUAUUAUAAGGAGUAUAGCAUGAGCCCCCAGCAAGAGCAGGCAGCCCCUGACCAGUUAGUCCUCUACUUUGUGAUGGACCUCCUGAAAGACAUGCCAGGGCUGCCUGGGCUCUUCGUUGCCUGCCUCUUCAGUGGAUCUCUCAGCACCAUAUCCUCUGCAUUCAAUUCACUGGCAACCGUCACGAUGGAAGACCUGAUCCAGCCCUGGUUCCCUCAGCUGACUGAAACCCGGGCCAUCAUGCUUUCUCGGAGCCUUGCCUUUGCCUAUGGGCUCAUUUGUCUGGGAAUGGCAUAUAUUUCCUCUCAUCUGGGAUCAGUGCUCCAGGCAGCGCUCAGUAUCUUUGGCAUGGUUGGAGGGCCACUGCUGGGACUCUUCUGCCUCGGGAUGUUCUUUCCAUGUGCCAACCCUCUUGGUGCCAUUGUAGGCCUGUUGACGGGACUCACCAUGGCCUUCUGGAUUGGCAUUGGGAGCAUAGUAAGCAGGAUGAGUUCUGCUGCGCCAUCCCCUCCCCUUAAUGGAUCCAGUUCCUUCAUGCCCAGCAAUCUAACUGUGGCCACUGUGACCACCCUGAUGCCUUCUACCCUGUCCAGGCCCACAGGACUGCAGCAGUUCUAUUCCCUGUCCUAUUUAUGGUACAGUGCGCACAACUCCACCACAGUCAUUGUAGUGGGCCUGAUUGUCAGUCUGCUCACCGGGGGAAUGCGGGGCCGGUCCCUGAACCCUGGCACCAUUUACCCUGUGUUGCCAAAGCUCCUUGCACUCCUGCCCCUAUCCUGCCAGAAGCGGCUUUGCUGGAGAAGCCAUAGCCAGGAUAUCCCUGUGGUCUCCAACCUGUUUCCAGAGAAGAUGAGGAAUGGAGUGCUGCAGGACAGCAGAGACAAAGAGAGGAUGGCUGAAGAUGGUCUUGUCCACCAGCCGUGCAGCCCUACCUACGUUGUCCAGGAGACCUCCCUGUGACCUGUGAUGGGACUCUGUCCUCACUGCAGAGCAGCAACCAGAGGCUAGUUUAUAGUGCAGAGAUGAGUGUUCUGCAGCACUGAGGUGGAUGACCUAGCCCACAGUAGAGGACUUCCAUGGAAGCUGUUGCAUGCAAGGGCGAGACAGUUUUUCCUUAUCCCUCGCCAAUCUUCUCUUACGAUCAGGCUCGAAGGGUACAGAAUCACAUUGCACCUGGGGAAAUAAAUGAAUACACUAAGGGUGGCUUUGGAUUAAGUGACCAGGGUUCUUACAACUGCCCCAGGGCCUGAUUUGGCAAGAUUGACCAGCUCCAGCAUUAAACAUUAGGUCUUUGGCCCUCUGGUGAUUCCUUCACUAUCAUGUAAGCCUGUGUCAUCUCAAUCCAUUGUGAGCCCCUGUGGUCUUUCCAGUUCUCUGUAAGUCCCCCUCAUUCUCACUUACCUCGAUUCUUGAGAGGGAGGCUUUGGUGUCCUUGGGUCUAGGCAUAGACAGUUGUGUGCAUCUACUUGUGUAGAGGGGGCAGUUUUCCACAUCAACCCUCACCCUCUCCAGGCGGUACUUAAGAGAUGGGGCCCUCACCAGGACCCUUUAUGCAGUGUGCUAUCCUCUGAACUCCUAAGCUAAGCCACCCUGUUGUCAUUCUGUCAUCUGUGCAACUAUUAUUUCCUUUGAGAGUUUACUCUUCAUGCAUUUUGUUCCUAGGGAAUAAAAAUAGCUGUUAGACCUGG